GCAAAUGCUUUAUCUACACUCUAAAUUUUUUGGAGUGAAAUAUGUCACUCUUUGCUGGAGUGAAUAGCAUAUCACUCCAAAUAGAGUGAUUUUUCACUCUUACGGAGUGAAUGAGUUCACUCUUUGCAAUGGAGUGAACAAACUCACUCCUACUGUAAGAGUGAUUUAAAUGGCCUAUCAACAUUCACUCCUAAAGAGUGACAUUUCAGUCUAAUAAGAGUGACUGAUUAUGCGGAAGAACCAGCGACAGGGGGCGCGGCGCUUCGCAGUCUGUUUUUAUUCUUCAUCGCCACGUAACAUCGGCAUCGAUUUGUAUUUGUGUUGUGUAUGUGGAAUUAUAUUUGAGAUAAACGAACGUUUCUCUUGUAUCUCUCUAUAUAGCUUCUGUACUCUAAUAGCGCUCUGUACGAACCAUCAAUACGAAGUUUCUAUCGUAUAUGAAGCAGUUGUACAUCAUUCGUUAUAACUAUGUAUAGAAGUAUGAAUUUUCCAGAGAAAUACAAUUUGCCAGCGGAAACUUUAAAUAAUCCUGCUAAAUUAGCAGAAUAUUUAUGCAUGCAAGGGAUACAAAAAGAGGUGACAGAAAUAUUAGAGCGUAAGUGUUAAGUUAUAAAUAAAAUUGUCUUGUUAAUAAAAUUAAAAAUUAAAUUUUAAUCCCUCUAAAAUACAAUGGAUAAACUUAUAUGUUUUAAAUGUAAGAAAGCGUUUCAUGGAAUUAAAAAUUUUUCAACUCAUUUUCGCCGGAAUCAUGCGUUACUAUUAACUAAAUAUAAAGCAUCGGGAUUUUUUUGUAAACAAGAUAAUUGCACCAGACAUUUUCUGAGAUACAAUUCCUUUAUACGACAUAUAAAAAAAAUGCCAUAUUGUAAAUCCGAUUUGUUCUCCAUUGUCUGUUUCUAAUGAAACCAUAAACCAGACUGAAAAUGAAUUUUCCAUGGAAGUGGAAGUGGCUCCAGAUAUUGGAAUUCGUGAUGAAUGUAUAGAUUUAUCAGGAAUCAAAAAUAACGUUGAAAAUUUAAAAUUAAAACACGACAUAUCUUCCUGUGCAGCUAAAAUGAUAUCUACUUUAAGAACUUCUUCUUCCAUUACUGGUGCAGCUUUAAAAGAAGUUAUGACAGCAAUUAAAAUUUUUGUUUCUAAUAUUUUCGAUUUUGUACAAGACGAAGUAACAGAUUUUUGUACAUCCCAAGAUAUUGACGUAAAAAGUUCUGCAGUUGAAACGUUGUUAAAUAAAUUCAAAUGUAAUUAUUUAUUUAAAAAUAUGGAUACCUUGCCAGGUCAGAUUGAAGUAUUAAAAAAGAAUUACAAGUAUAUCCAACCACGUGAAAUACCGUUAGGAUAUAGAAUAGAUCAGCGAUUUAAUAGAUGUAAACAAGAGUGGGAACAAAAACAAGUUUAUGAAACUAUGCAAUAUGUAUCAAUAAUCGAAACGUUGCAAUUAAUUAUGUCUCAUAAUGAUGUACGUGAAUAUAUUAAUUCAGAGACAAUUUAUGAUCAUGACUGGUUAAUUAAUUUUAGAGAUGGCCAAAGUUUUCAAACGCAUGAAUAUUUUCGUAAAUACCCUAACGCGCUUAGAAUUCAAUUAUAUUAUGAUGAUAUUGUCAUUAAUAAUCCUCUUGGUUCAAGAGUUCAACCACACAAAAUAGGAGCAUUUUAUUUUGUUGUACAAAAUUUACCACAAUACUUUAAUUCAUCAUUAGGUGCAAUACACGUACUUGCCUUAUGUCAUACUGCUGAUAUUGACAAGUACGGUAUGGCAGCAGUUUUAAGACCAUUUUUGCAAGAUAUGAAAGUUCUGGAAAGUGAUAAUGGCGUUGUCACAAUGUUUAACGGAGUAGAGUGGACCCUUCGAGCUACUCUUGCUGCUGUAUGCGCUGAUGGACUAGCAGCGCACCAAUUAUUUGGACUUCUUAAUCCAGCAGCUCUACAUUUCUGCAGAUUGUGCAUGAUAAACCGCAAUGAUUUUAAAAAUAAUACAAACCUGCCUGCAGCAGCUCGCACAAAAGAAUUGCACAAUAAUCAAGUACAAAAUAUAAUGGAAAAAAUAAAUUUAAAAGAUGUAGAAAAUGCGAUGAAACAAUCCGGAGUUAAAGAAAAUAGUGCCCUACAUUUGUUGCGUUACUUCCACUUUACACAAAAUUUUGUAUUUGAUCCUAUGCACGAUAUUUUUGAAGACAUAGCUCCAAUGGAAUUGAAACUGGUUUUAAAUCAUUUCAUUACACAUGAUGAAUAUAAUUUGAAACUGGACACAUUUAACAAUAGAAUUCAUCUAUUUAAGUAUGGUUUUCCAGAACAAAAAAAUAAACCAUCUGCAAAUUUUUCAAUAGCAUCUCUAAGUAAUUUGAAAGACCAUAAAAUCUCGCAAACAGCCGUUCAAACAUGGUGUUUGAUGAGGGUAUUUCCAUUCAUUGUGUCCGAUAAAGUGCCAGAAGAUGAUGAAUAUUUGAGACUAAUAAUACUAAAUAGAAUUAUAGAAAUAGUAUUUUCCCCUAAAUUAAAGUUAUCAAUAUUGCCAUAUUUAUCUGAAUUGAUUAUCGAACAUGACAAUCUAUUUAGAAAAUUGUUUCCAGAUGUUAACCCAAUUAAUAAGCACCAUCAUCUAAGUCACUAUUGCGAUUGCAUUCGUAAUUCAGGGCCUCUACGUUGGUUACACUGUCUUCGUUUUGAAGCAAAACAUCGGUUAUUAAAAAAAUAUGGUGCAAUAUGUUGCAAUUAUAAAAAUAUUACUAAAACAAUGAUUAACAUAUGUCAAAUUUUGCAAUGUGCAACUUGGGGAACUGAUAAAAGCUUGUUGAAGAGUAAUAAGUUUGAAUAUUUGAAACGCGAAUAUGUGAAAGUUGCUCAUGCUCUUAGUAGAAUUGAACUUAAUAAACUCGAAUUAGAAAAUGAUAACUACAUUUUUAAAUUAAACAGAAUUAUAGUACAUGAAAUUGAAUAUCGUAAUGGAUUUGUUGCCAUUGAUAGCGGUGUUGAAACAGACAAUGGAGAUAUUUUAUUUGGUCGAAUUAAGGAAAUAAUACUGAAUAAUGAUAAAGUUUACUUGUGGUGUGAAAUAUGGCAAACAUUAUGGUUGCAAGAAUCUUUAAAUGCUUAUUGUGUUUGUGAAAGUUCUGUAGAUUAUAAAUUGAUCAAUACUGACGAUCUGCCAGAUUCGAAACCAUUUUCUUUGUGGUUAGAUUAUAAAACAAAUUUUUGUUACAUAGUUCUCCGUCAUAUGAUUUUAUAA